CAACUCUUCUAUCAGAGAGUUUCACCAGCGAACGAUCGAUCUAGAGCGAGAGAGAAAUCAAGAGAGAGCAGCAGCAGCAGCAGCAGCCGCCAUGGCUGGUCUACAAAGAUCUGCAGUUUCAUUUAGGAGGCAAGGUUCGUCUGGUCUUGUUUUUGAUGAUAAAAUCUUGUUCGGAGAACCAAUUCCGCAAUCGACUGACAAAAAACCACAGGAACAACCGCAACAAGAACAACAAGAAGAAGUCAUUGAUGAUAAAGAUGUGAAGCCAGCGAGACCGACAAUUAACACCAUCGAUAGAAGCAGAUCCAACGGCGGAGGACGGGGCUACCGAACCGGAAAGGUGUCUCCCGCAAUUGAGCCGACGUCGCCGAGAAUCUCCGCAUGCGGUUGUCUUGGAAAGACAGGGAAGAAUAGUAAACGGCCUAGAGCUGGUAAGCGUAGAUCCCGGUAGGUUUUCCGGCCACCGGUGAUGGAAUUGUCCGUUAUUGCCUUUUACAUAUGUAGUCUACCUGAGUCCUUCAAACCAAAAGGCAGGUGCAAUAUAUGAAUGUUUUCACUGUCCCGUUUUCUCGUUUGCGUUUUGUGUUACUGUUUUAGUUUCCCCUGCUCAUUAGAUGAAACAGAGAGAUGGGUUUCUUGUGGUGGAUGAAAUUAUGUGAAAAUGGAAUUGUUGUUGGAAUUUAGUUAUAAAUCUGUACAAAUCAAAUCUUGAUCCAUCUCUCUCUGUAUAUCUAUGCAGUUUAGAAUUGCAACUUCGGUAUUUUUCAUGUUUCAA